AUGGCCGCUGGCCGCCGGGCUCGGGGGCCGGAGCGCCCGCUCCUGGGGUCGCUGCUGCUGCUCCUGAUGCUGCUGCUGCUGCUGCUGCUGGGGGGGCCCGGGCGGGGGGCGGCGGCGGCCCCGGGCGGGAAUGCGACCGGGCCUGGGCCGCGGGCCGCGGGCGGCAGCGCCAGAAGGAGCGCGGCUCCGGGGACCGGCCCGCCACCGCCGCCGCCUCCGCCGUCGCUCAGCCACUGCGGCCGCGCCAGCCCCUGCGAGCCGCUGCGCUACAACGUGUGCCUGGGCUCGGCGCUGCCCUACGCGGCCACCUCCACGCUGCUGGCCGGGGACUCGGACUCCCAGGAGGAGGCGCACGGCAAGCUCGUGCUCUGGUCCGGUCUCCGGAAUGCCCCUCGCUGCUGGGCAGUGAUCCAGCCCCUACUAUGUGCCGUGUACAUGCCCAAGUGUGAGAACGACCGUGUGGAGCUGCCCAGCCGUACCCUGUGCCAGGCUACCCGAGGCCCCUGUGCUAUUGUAGAAAGAGAGCGGGGCUGGCCUGACUUCCUGCGCUGCACCCCUGAUCACUUCCCCGAGGGCUGCCCAAAUGAAGUGCAGAACAUCAAGUUCAAUAGUUCAGGCCAAUGCGAGGCCCCCUUGGUUCGGACCGACAACCCCAAGAGCUGGUACGAGGAUGUGGAGGGCUGCGGGAUCCAGUGCCAGAACCCGCUGUUCACCGAGGCAGAGCACCGAGACAUGCACAGAUACAUCGCGGCCUUCGGAGCCGUCACUGGCCUCUGCACGCUUUUUACUUUGGCUACGUUUGUGGCUGACUGGCGGAACUCGAAUCGCUACCCUGCAGUGAUUCUCUUCUACGUCAAUGCAUGUUUCUUUGUGGGCAGCAUUGGCUGGCUAGCCCAGUUCAUGGAUGGGGCUCGGCGGGAGAUUGUCUGCCGUGCAGAUGGCACCAUGAGGCUGGGAGAGCCCACUUCCAAUGAGACCCUGUCAUGUGUCAUCAUCUUUGUCAUCGUGUACUACGCCCUGAUGGCCGGAGUUGUCUGGUUUGUGGUCCUCACCUACGCCUGGCAUACCUCCUUCAAAGCCCUAGGUACCACAUACCAGCCUCUGUCAGGCAAGACGUCCUACUUCCACCUGCUAACGUGGUCUCUGCCUUUCGUUCUCACUGUGGCAAUCCUCGCAGUGGCCCAGGUGGAUGGGGACUCCGUGAGUGGCAUCUGUUUCGUGGGCUACAAGAACUACCGCUAUCGUGCUGGCUUUGUGCUGGCCCCCAUCGGCCUGGUGCUCAUUGUCGGUGGCUACUUCCUCAUCCGAGGUGUCAUGACUCUCUUCUCCAUCAAAAGUAACCACCCCGGGCUGCUGAGUGAGAAGGCUGCCAGCAAGAUCAAUGAGACCAUGCUGCGUUUAGGCAUUUUUGGCUUCCUGGCCUUUGGCUUUGUGCUCAUCACUUUCAGCUGUCACUUCUACGACUUCUUCAACCAGGCCGAGUGGGAGCGCAGCUUCCGGGACUAUGUGUUGUGCCAGGCCAAUGUGACCAUCGGGCUGACCACCAAGAAGCCCAUCCCUGACUGUGAGAUCAAGAAUCGCCCCAGCCUCCUGGUGGAGAAGAUCAACCUGUUCGCGAUGUUUGGAACCGGUAUCGCCAUGAGCACCUGGGUCUGGACCAAGGCCACGCUGCUCAUCUGGAGGCGCACUUGGUGCAGGUUGACCGGGCAGAGUGAUGAUGAGCCCAAACGCAUCAAGAAGAGCAAGAUGAUUGCCAAGGCCUUCUCCAAGAGGCGGGAACUGCUGCAGAACCCAGGCCAGGAGCUCUCUUUCAGUAUGCACACUGUCUCCCACGAUGGCCCAGUGGCGGGUUUGGCCUUUGACCUCAAUGAACCUUCAGCGGAUGUGUCCUCUGCCUGGGCCCAGCAUGUCACUAAGAUGGUAGCUCGCAGGGGCGCCAUCCUCCCUCAGGAUGUGUCUGUCACUCCUGUGGCAACUCCAGUGCCUCCAGAGGAAAAAGCAAACAUGUGGCUGGUAGAAGCUGAGAUCUCACAGUUGGAAAAGCGGCUGGGCCGUAAGAAGAAGCGGAGGAAAAGGAAGAAGGAGGUGUGCCCACUGGGGCCCACACCCCAGCGGCAGCAUGCUGGCCCUGUGCCCACCACCAGCACUGUCCCCAGGCUGCCCCAGCUUCCCCGGCACACGUGCCUGGUGGCCUCCGGUGCCUGGGGGACCGGGGAGUCCCGACAGGGCGCCUGGACCCUGGUUUCUAAUCCCUUCUGCCCAGAGCCCAGCAGUUCCCUGCAGGACCCCUUUCUACCCAGUGCCUCGGGCCCCUCGGCCUGGGCUCAGGACCGCCGCCAGGGACUGGGGCCCAUUCACUCCCGCACCAACCUGAUGGAGGCCGAACUCCUGGACGCCGACUCGGACUUCUGAGUCUGGGCGUCAGUAUAGUGGGGAGAGGUCCUCCAGCGCCCCUUCCCCAGAGAAUCGAAGCUUCCUGCCUUCCUUGCCAGGCGGAACCUGGAAUGUUCAGGACCUGGGCGUCAGUGUAGGGCAUCCUCAACCCAGGGUGGGGACUUGGAACUGGAAAGGGUGGGGGGCCCCCAGUUUCUACCCUAACGCGGGGCAGCUUCAGUGCCCAGCUGUGGGUCUGGGGUCUGCAGAGCAGGUCCAUCUUGGCAGUCCUUGCAUCGGCGUGGUGACAGCACCCCCUGGAGGCUGUGUCCAGGAAACAGCAAACAGUCUGGCAGAAGAGGCCUGCUGCUGGGUCUGCUUUCCUGGCACUCCCACCAACGUUUGUCCCAUAAACAGUUGGGGACCUGGGGACCGGGCUCCCUUCUCCCUCUUUCAGGUAGUUGUUGGGGGCUGGGAGCACCUGCUCCCUCGGAGGCUCUUCCUAACCUGCACAGCCAGCCCUUCUCCCCCAAGUGACUUCAGCCACAUCCCUCCUUCCCCUGGUUUCUCCUUGUUGGACUAUCCAGAUGUUCAUUUCCCCACCACCACAUACACACACACCUCACCCCCUUUGGCUGCUGGACUGCUGGAUCUUGGGGGUGGGGUGCUUGAGGCCACCCGCCAAGAGAGAUUUACCAUCUUCCUUAUCUCUCCCUAUGGGCAAUAGGAGCCUCCAAUUUGGGGAUUUCCCAGGGAGGCUGCUGUGGCUUCGUCAAGCAGGAAAUCCCGCUUCAACUCCACAACUGUGGGUGAGGCCACCCCUCACGACCCCAGCCAGGGCCUCAAGUCUAGCACCAGAUCCAAAGAAGUCUGAGGAGCUGACUGGGUUCCAGAUGAGGGGGAAAGGGAUGGGAAGAAGGAACAUAAAAGGAAAAUAAAGGUUUUUGUGUG